ACAAAAUAACCAAUGUCAAGAUCGCCGGCUAAAUGGUGUGCUUUGAUGCACCAACCCUUGUAUCAAACCAAACCAAACAAAAUCAACCCAAUUUUUUUUUUGACACCAAACAAACUAACAACCAUGUCUUUCUCUUCCUCUUUCCGUUUGUUCUUCCCCAAAUUCCCCAAUUCUUUACCCCUUUUCAAAACCCUAACCCUCUCUCCUCCUUUCCCACUUUCCCCAAUAAAUCUUCAAAUCAUCAAACCCAUCACAAUCCAAUCAAUACCCACAAGAUCAUUUCCCAUUAACUCCACUUCUCAAUCAUCAUCAAACCCCAACAACAACAACACACUCCAACCCAUUGAAGAACUCCCCCAAAAGCUUCAAGAAAUCAUCAAUCUUUUCCAGUCCGUACAAGACCCAAGAGCCAAGUAUGAACAGCUGUUGUUCUAUGGCAAGAACCUUAAACCCCUCGAAACCCAGUUCAAAACUGAUGAAAAUAAGGUCAAAGGUUGUGUUUCUCAGGUCUGGUUAAGAGCUUACUUUGAUUCUGAUAAUAAAAAUGUCAUCUUUGAGGCUGAUUCUGACUCUGUACUUACUAAAGGUUUAGCUGCUUUACUUGUUCAAGGUUUGUCUGGUCAUACAGUUCAAGAAAUCUUGAGGGUUUCCCCUGAUUUUAUUGUGCUUUUGGGGUUGCAACAGAGUUUAACACCUUCUAGAAAUAAUGGGUUUUUGAAUAUGUUGAAGUUAAUGCAGAAAAAGGCCUUCACUUUGUUUGUUGAAGCUGAGAAAGGGGUUGAAUCACGGAAUGAGAUUAAAAAACCUGUCGAAAAAGCCGAGUCUGGUUCGAAUUUUGAGAACCCAAUUGAGAAUUCAAAAUCCAAUAAUGAUGAUGAUGAUGUGGAUGUGGAUGUUGGUGUUUUGGGUAGUAGAGGACAGAGGAUAUUGGAGAUAUUAAAAAGGGAGCUUGCGCCGGUUGAGUUGGAGGUUAAAGAUGUGUCGUAUCAACACGCGGGGCAUGCGGGGGUGAGGGGUAGCAACAAUGGGGAGACACAUUUUGAGUUGAAAGUGGUUUCGAAGGAGUUUGAAGGGAAGAGUAUGGUUAAGCGGCAUAGGCUUGUUUAUUCUCUGUUGGCGGAUGAGUUAGAAAACGGGUUACAUGCUUUAUCGAUCGAUGCAAAGACACCUACAGAAAUCGGUCAGUAGUAGAUGAAAUGGAUUUAUUGAAUGAGGUUAUGCGUUUGUUUUUCACUCAAAUUGAUGUUUUUGCUGUGAAACUUAUAUUGAAUUCAAUACAUAAUAAAAAUGUUUAUUUGUGCA